CUCUGUCCUUCCUCCUCCUCGGUUGUACUUUCACCGGGCAGCUAGCAGCGGCGUGGCGCAGCAUUGAACUUACGACACCUGGAAACGACUUGUGUGACUGAAAUAACCCAAAUUAACCAUUCAAGCGGUCGCCAUUCUCCCUAAAACAAUCCAGAAACCAUGACUAGCUACCACAAACCCGACGAGAAGACCCUGCAGGGGCUGAAAGACGUCGCUAACAAGCUCAGGAUCCACUCCAUCAAGGCGACGUGCGCCUCUAACUCUGGUCACCCCACAUCAUGCUGCAGCGCUGCAGAGCUCAUGUCCGUGCUCUUCUUCAACACCAUGCGUUACAAAGCAGAUGACCCUCGCAACCAGUGUAACGACCGCUUUGUGCUCUCAAAGGGCCAUGCUGCACCUAUCCUGUAUGCGGCCUGGGCAGAAGCAGGUUUUGUGAAGGAGUCUGAUCUGCUCAACCUGCGCAAGAUUGACUGUGAACUGGAGGGCCACCCCACACCAAAACUGGAAUUUGUUGAUGUGGCUACAGGAUCUCUGGGUCAGGGUCUCGGUGCUGCCUGUGGGAUGGCCUACACUGGCAAACACUUUGACAAAUCCAGCUACCGUGUAUACUGCAUGAUGGGUGAUGGAGAAUGUUCAGAGGGCUCAGUGUGGGAGGCCAUGGCCUUUGCCUCCUACUACCAGCUGGACAACUUGGUGGCUAUCAUGGAUGUGAAUCGGCUCGGUCAGAGUGAGGCGGCACCCCUGAAGCACGACAUGGAGACCUACCGCAAGCGCUGUGAAGGCUUUGGGUGGAACACGUACGUUGUGGAUGGACAUGAUGUGGAGGAGCUGUGCAAAGCUUUCUGGCAGGCUAAGCAGGUCAAGGGCAAACCCACUUGCAUUGUUGCGAAGACAUUCAAGGGCAAAGGCCUCAAAAAUAUUGAGGAUCUGGAUAACUGGCAUGGAAAGCCCAUCCCCAAGGACAGGGUGGAUGAGCUCCUGAAGGACCUACAGGCUCAGAUCCAGGUCCCCAACAAGAGCCUGUGCCCUGAGUUGCCUGAAGAUGACACAGCUCCUGCAGACCUCAGCCCUAUCACCCUGCCUUCACCCCCAGCAUACAAAAUUGGAGAAAAGAUGGCAACAAGGCGUGCAUAUGGUGUGGCACUGGCCAAGCUGGGCCAGUCAAGCAAGAGAGUGGUGGCCCUGGAUGGAGACACCAAAAACUCCACCUUCUCAGAGACCUUCAAGAAGGCCUUCCCUGAACGCUACAUUGAGUGCUUCAUCGCUGAACAGAACAUGGUAGGAGUAGCCAUUGGCUGUGCCACCCGUGACCGCACGGUUUCGUUUGCCAGCACGUUUGCGGCCUUCUUCUCCAGAGCUUAUGACCAGAUCCGCAUGGGCGCCAUCUCCCAGUCAAACGUCAACCUGGUGGGGUCCCACUGCGGAAUCUCCAUCGGUGAGGACGGCCCUUCCCAGAUGGCCCUAGAGGACUUGGCCAUGUUCCGCGCUAUCCCAACAUGCACUGUGUUUUACCCCAGUGAAGCAGUGUCCACAGAGAGAGCUAUUGAGCUAGCGGCCAACACAAAGGGUAUCUGUUUCAUCCGUACCAGCAGACCAGAGACUGCAGUCCUCUACUCUCCAGAUGAGAAGUUUGAAGUGGGCGUAGCCAAGGUGGUUCGCCAGUCUGACAAAGAUCAUGUGACUGUGGUUGGAGCUGGUAUUACUCUGCAUGAGGCCCUUGCUGCUGCUGAUAUUUUGGCCAGUGAAGGGAAGAACAUCCGUGUGAUUGACCCGUUCACCAUCAAGCCCCUGGACGCCUCUACCAUUCUGGCCAGUGCCAGAGCCACAGGGGGAAAGAUCAUCACUGUAGAGGACCACUACAAGGAGGGUGGUCUCGGUGAAGCAGUGCUGUCAGCAGUGGGCGAGGAGCCCGGCAUUGUUGUGACGCGGCUUGCAGUGAGCGGUGUUCCCCGAAGCGGAAAGCCCCAAGAGCUGCUCGACAUUUUCGGCAUCAGUGCCAAGCACAUUGCCAACGCUGUGCGUCAGACCUUUGCAAACUAAGCUGCCCUGCUGCAUCACAACUCAACUUUCUGCCCCACCUGCAGCUACCUGGCACGACCACACAAAGACCUGUGAACUUCUGUGCUCAAGUGCCAUCUUGUGGCUUUGACUCGAGUGUAGUGUANUAACCCUAUCAUUAUUAUCACAGGUAGAGAGAGAUGGGAAUAGGAGUGCGGUGGUGUUAAAACCUGUAGUGUUAAUAUUACUACCCCGUAUUCACCUUUUUAGCACCCUCUACUGUCUUUCUGCAACAUUCCUUUCUUGUCUUGCAAAUGGCUCCGACAAAAACAAUCACUGAAUACUUAAAUGUGUUAUGUUAAGUUGCAUUUAAAACCUGCCUUACCAGCAGACCCUUGAGGUUCUGGUCCAUUAUGAACCAUCAUUCCACGUCUUCUAUUCCGCAUCCCAACGAUCAUUUUUCCUUUUUACAUUCCUUACAACCGUGCCCCAUGUCUUCUCACUUGGCUGGCAUUCAUCAAGAAGCACUGUUACUGUUUGUCAUACAUCCAAUGUACUAGAUCACUUUUUUUUUUUUUGUUUUUGUGUUCAGUCACAGCUCUUAUUGCUUUAGUGUGUUAGAACUGUUUCCUUCAGACCAAGUGUGAAAAGUUAAACCCAUUUUCAGUUAUGAAUUGCUUGAGUGUACCUCUAAUGAUUCCUCGCCACAUGGGCAUCACAAAGUGUUAAAGGCAUUCCAGGUCACCGUUGUCAUCCUGUUAUUGCUGUGAUGUGCUGAAUAAAAAAAAUAAUUAACCCAGUUA